AAGUAGGUGGGACUCGGUGCAUGCAUUCAGAAGAAUAUUUUUUUUCAGCAAACCAACGACUUAAAGCACCGCAGGAAAGUGCUGAGGCGGGGUGCGCUUGGUUAAAGAACGACCAAGGUUCCAGUCGACUGGUUGAAAUAUAUGCACUGAGAGUCUCCACACGUCUAGUUAGAAGAAUUAUUCAUUCAGCAGAAUCAGAGACGUGAGGAUCCGGCCUCUUCUAUCCACCUGGACAGAUUGAGUCAUAGCUCCUACUUACCCACGUUUAACCAAGUCCCGCACUAACGAUGCAAGGGGGCGGCAGCAUUGGCGCGGACAGCUCUGUCAUCCGGGGUAACUCGUGAACAAAACCGGGAAACAGUUGGAUCUGUGAGUGAGACUUUCCCUGCACCGGGGGGAUCCACAGGCGAGUAGGACGGCGAGGAAGCUGCCUCUGCUGGAACUCGGGAUUAAAGGGAUACCGGAGACAACGGCGCCUCUGUGCUCCGCUUCACGCUCAACACUCGUCUGUUUUCUUCUCGCCAGCUCCGCUAUCAUUGCUGAUUGAAAUUCUCCGUUUGCAUUUUCCGAGAGGCAUUCACGGUUCUUUUUUUUAAGAAAGGAAAAAACGCUACAACGUCUAGACGGGCAGGUUCCUUUGCUGGCAGUGAUUGAUGGCAAUUUGAGUUCGAGAUCUCAAGGGAUGCCUACUGGACACAGUACCACAGGGAAGUUUGGCUUUACAUGCCGACCUAAUUCAACACGAGUUCAUGACUUUGGCACUGAAGCAAUAGCAACCUCAGUUUCCCCAGUCUCGUCUCACAGGAGGUUGCUUACAGCACCAAACCAUACUUACUUCACAAAGCAUCGCUGGCAAAUGUGCAAUCUUUGAAAAUCCAGAUGAGGCAGUGUGUGAAGCAAAACAUGUCUGAAUGAGGUGCCUUGUCCCGGCAUUUAUUGGGAGUUAUGCCAGUAACAACGCAGACUGGAUUUGCCCGAUAAACCAGCCAAUACAAUCUCAUCUAAUCGAUGGAUCAGUCUGGUCAGGAUCUACUUAUUGUCACUGGUGCUUCCCCUUUGCAAAAGAACGAGAACUUGGAUUUUGAGUCUUUAUUGAUAGACAUUCCUCGGAGUUCUUUCCCAGGACAAAGCCACGAUGGGGUAAAAGCGGAAAACCACAGGAACGGGCAAACUCUGACAAAGGAGCAAGCUGUCCCUAUCAAAACAACAGGCGUCAGCGAGGCAGGGACAGCAGCUUUUUUGCAAAAUGAGUCGCCGGCUUUCUUGGAGCAACACAGCGGCGAAAUCUGGCACGGGACAGAACGUGAUUCGAGGCGGAUACUCUGCCCGGAAACCAAGUCACCACUGGAGGAGCCGGCGGGACCCGGGGCUCGGGCUGUCCACUGGGAGGCCUCUCGCUGCACUGGGGAGACUGGGGGAGCGGGGUGCGGAAGCAGAGAAGGGGUGAGUGCAGAUGCAGCAGCAACGGGAGGGUGGACUGAAGGAAGGAGAGACGCGGACUAUCAAGGCAGCUCUGACAACGGGGGAGCUGACGGGGACUCGGGGUCGGAAAGGGAGAGGCCGGAGGGAGAGCUGCCUCUGGAAGAGGAGGAGGAGGAGUUCAGCCGGGGGAGUGGCAGCCCCGGCCGGCGGUCUUGCAGCUUCGGCUCGUCCCUCUGCUUCUCGGCGGCGUCCGGCGACGACCAGGAGCCGGUGCCGGAGGCGGAGGAGCGGGUGGUGAAGAGCCAGCGGCAAAUUAACAACAACCACCACCACCGCAGCAGCAGCCCCGCGGGGGACGGGGGGAGCUCAGUCCCUGCCCCCUACUGGAGCCUGGAGGCGGGCAGCGGGGGCGAUACGGCCUCGGCCCCGGAACCCGACCUGGUGAUCGAGGUGUCGGGCCUCCGGGUGCGGGCUCACAAAGCGGUGUUGGCCCAGCGCAGCGACUUCUUCCGGGCCCGCUUGUCGCGGCAGUUCCUGAGCCUCCGCGGCGGCGGCCUGAGCUUCGAGUCGCUGAGGCCACUGCUCGACUACGCGUACGGAGCGGGUAUGGCGGUGCGGGCCGACAACGCGGCCGAGCUGAUCGCCGGCGCCCAGUACCUGCAGAUGCCGUGCGCGCUGCACUCGGCCGUCGACUCGCUCAAGGCCCAGCUGGAGCUCGGCAACUGCCUGGAGCUGCUGGGCCUGGCCAAGCGCCAGCGGCUGCCCGAACUGCGGGAGGCCGCCUACAAGUUCAUGAGCGACAACUACCUGCGGGUGCUGCGGGAGCCCGCCGUCUACGGCCGGCUGAGCGGUGCCGAGAGGGAGCUGAUCCUCCGGAAAAGGACGGAGCAGGCCCCGGCUGGGGCUUCGGGUUCCGCGGUAGCGCCCGCCUCCUCGGCGGGCGGCGAACGCUGCCUGGUGCUGGUCGACCUCAACGAGGUGUACGAGCGGCCUUCCCCGGCGGGGAGCCGGCCGGUCAGCCGCGAAGGGAGCAGGCCUCAGAGCCCCGAGGUCGGCUCCCCGCCGGAGGCCGGGACACCCCGGGACGGCUCGGAAGGGGAGGAUGAGGAGGCCGCCGCCCGCUGGCUCUACCGGCGCGACGCGUCCGGCGAGGGCUGGGAGCGGCUGAGCCGCUUACCCGAGGCGGUGGCGGACGCCCGGGGCUGCGGCCUGUGCACCCUGCACAACUACCUGUUCGUGGCGGGAGGCCUGCGGGGCUCCGGGCCUCGGGCCCGCCCUUCCGAUCGCCUCUUCAGUUAUAACCCGGCGACCGGAGGCUGGUCCGAGCUGAGGCCGAUGAGGCAGGCUCGCUCGCAGCUGAAGCUGGUGGCCCUGGACGGCCAGCUGUACGCCAUCGGCGGCGAGUGCCUCUUCAGCGUCGAGCGUUACGACCCCAGGGCCGACCGAUGGAGCCCGGCCGCGCCGCUACCCCGCGGGGGCUUCGCCGUCUGCCACCAGGCGGCCGCCUGCUCCGGCUCCAUUUACGUGUCGGGCGGCUCGCUCUUCUACCGCCUCCUGCGUUACGACCCGCGGCGGGACGAGUGGCACGAGUGUCCGUGCAGCAGCAGCCGGCACCGCUCCGCCGACAUGGUGGCUCUAGGCCGCUGGCUGUACCGCUUCGACCUGGAGCGCCGGGCCGGCGGUGGAGCGCCCGUCGCCGUAGUCUCCCGCUACAACACGGUGGCCCGGGUGUGGAGUGACUGCGGCUCCCUGCCGCUGCCCCCCGCCGCCCCGGCGCAGCCUUUCCGCUGCGCCCUCCUGGGCCGCGACCUCUACUGCGUCAGCCGGGCCUGCAGCCUGCGCUUCACCCUGGCCGACGAGGAGGGCGACGACGGGGACCGGGACCGCCUCCUCCGGAGCCAGCAGCUCCAGCCGUGCGCUGAGGCCAAGGGGGUGCUCUUCCCCGUCAUCCUCACCUUCCCUGAGAGGAGUCCCGCUGCUCACCGUAAGGAACCCUGAGCCGGGCCAACUCUUCACAGCUGAUCCCCGCUCCCCCCGUUUGCAGAAGGGAGGAAAGCAGAACUCCAUUUCCUUCUCCUCCUCCUCCUCCUUC